AUUGAAAAUAAAAAAGAAACGAAACUCGAUAGAAAGUUUACGGUUAUUUUUAGCAACUUUCCACUUCGUGUGAUAAAUUCGAAUAUUUUUUAAAGUUUUCUCAGUGAACAAUUUUCCUAGUUCCUCACCAGAAGCUGCCCUUCCUUCAAGGUAUAGACUUAAAAAAUUGUUAAGUAGCCAACUUUUGUUGGGCGGGCUAAAAUAUUUGUGGGAUAAUUAUUUGUGUGUCCUCAGAUCAGCAAUAAAAAUUACUUAAUGAAACAACUAAAUUAUAAUUACCAGACAUAGUUAUUUAUUCCCUGACAGGGAGAUGAGAGAAAUGAAGAGGAAUAAAUAAGGAACCCUCUAUUAUGGCAGAAAGAUGGGUUGGAUUUACAGUGGCAGUCAAAUGUAAAGAAGCGAUAGGUGCCUAUGAAGGUGUUAUAGAUGAGGUCAACUGUGGGAGACAAACAUUGACCCUUUCUGAUGUGAUCAAGGAUGGUAAGCCGUACAAGUCAUACAAAUUGAUCAUCAAAGCUCACGAUAUUGAAAAUGUCAUCAUCAUCAAAGAAGCAAAACAAAUGAUCCACUAUGAUGCAAGAAAGAUUUUAAGCAAGCGCACGCAAAACUGUCCUGUAGACCAGUUCCCGAUGAACAAAUCGAAGCAGUCUUUCCCUGCUCCAAAGUAUAACAAAAUCAAUUGCUUUGCUUUAAACAGAAAUGACAGAACUUGCAAAAAACCAUUUGUUGAUCAAGAUUUAGUGUGCUCCAACUCGCACACUGUUCCUGAGUUAUCGAGCCAAGAUUUUGAUUUCCAAAAGAGUUUGGUAUUGUUUGACAAGGAAUCAAGUGAAAAGGAUUUCAUCAACAACCAUUGUCCAGACAUUAUACGACAAGCAGAGAGAUCUCAGAUAUACCACCCUAGAGGGAAUUCAGACAAACGAGAAAUUAUUUUGAGUUCUACCAAAGCUGAGAAGUUCAUAAGUCGUGACAACUUGAUGGUUUCUAAAAUGGCACCUUUACCCAGUCCUAUCAGAUACUCAAAGACCUCUUUGAAUACUUUAAAAAGUGAAGAUAACCAAAGUUCAAACCUUCGCCAAAUACUGGUUAGCUCGCCUGGAGCAAAGGAGUACGUCACCAAUGAUGGUCUUAUCAUCCCCAGUAUAACUUCAGACCUACGCCGACGGCUAAUCGACAUGGCUGAAGACCAAGGCCUGUCAUUUGAACGGCAAAACGAGAUGAUAGGUCACGCUGCAUGCGAGCUAGUGUUGCAACUUCUUGACAAAUCACUCAAGUUCAAUCUGUCCAACAGCCAAUGGCAGCGAGUUGUCGUAAUGUGUGGCUCUCACAGACAAGGAGCCAUUGGAAUAAACUGUGCCCGACAGUUAACUGCCCAUGGUUUGAAUGUGUUUGUCUACCUCAUGGAACCAUCAAAGUUUAUUUCACAAGUUGCACAUGAGCUGGCUCUGUAUCGAUUAACCAACAACAACACUAUCCUCGAUAUUUCUGAGUUACCAACCACUGGUGUGGGGCUGAUCGUUAUUGCUUUGGCAGACGAACACACCGUUCAGCUUCCACCGCCCAUCUCAUUAUGGAUCCAGCAAAAUCAGGCGAUUCUACUGGCUCUGGAUCCCCCGCCUGACGGAACACCUGGCUUAGUGGUUCACUACUCCAUCCUACCGGCACUUCCCUUGACACACUCACCAAAUAAUGGACAUCUGUUUCUAGCUAACAUUAACAUUCCCCAGCAGAUCUUCACCAAUGUCGGAAUUUACUACAAAUCUCCAUUUGGAAUGAAGUCAACGAUUGCACUACAUGAUUACAGCCAUAAAUGCUGAACACAAUGAUCUUUUGCGAGUGAUUGAAAAAAAUCAGUUGUUAGGAUCUUAAACCAUUACUUUACUACCUAUAAUUUUUGCAGUUUGUUUUUACCAAGAACA